GGCGGCAAAGGGGAGGAAGAAAGGCGAGGGGAGCGGAGUCGGGAGGAGAGGGAGAGCUAGAGAAAGGCGGGAGCGGGGACCCUCAAACCCGGUAGGGACGGAGAAAGGCGGAGGGGCGGCGGGGGAGCGAGGAGGGCGGGGCGCCCGAACCCCAAUCGCGAGGCUGCCGCCAGCCCGGCGGUGCUGAAUUUGAGCUGGGCCCGCCGAGCGCGGACCCAGGCGCGGGCUGGAGCUGCGCCCCCGGCCGGGACACCCCCACUUUCCAACUCCACCGUCCCCGCCGCCCCGGACGCAGGUGACCGGAAUCCCUAGGACGGGUUCUUCCAGAGGACAGAGGCUGUGCCUAGAGCCGGCUGGAAUUACAGCCUCCCCUUCUCAUGAAAAGCAAGAGGAAGAAUGGACUACAGUCACCAAACAUCCCUAGUCCCAUGUGGACAAGAUAAAUUCAUUUCCAAGAAUGAACUUCUCCUGCAUCUGAAGACCUACAACUUGUACUAUGAAGGCCAGAAUUUGCAGCUCCGACACCGUGAGGAAGAAGAUGAGUUCAUCGUGGAGGGGCUGCUGAACAUCUCCUGGGGGCUGCGCCGGCCCAUUCGUCUGCAGAUGCAGGAUGACAAUGAGCGCAUACGCCCCCCUCCCUCCUCCUCCUCCUGGCACUCCGGCUGUAACUUGGGGGCUCAGGGCACCAUCCUGAAGCCCCUCACCAUGCCCGACAUUCAGAUCUCAGAGGUGGAUGCCCCGGCCGAGAGUGACCAGACGGCGAGCCCCACAGACUCCAGGGGCCUGAAGCCCUUGCAGGAAGACACCCCGCAGCUGAUGCGCACACGUAGUGAUGUGGGGGUGCGUCGCCGUGGCAAUGUGAGGACACCCAGCGACCAGCGGCGAAUCAGACGCCACCGCUUUUCCAUCAAUGGCCAUUUCUACAACCACAAGACAUCUGUGUUCACACCGGCUUACGGCUCUGUCACCAACGUCCGGAUCAACAGCACGAUGACCACCCCCCAGGUCCUGAAGCUGCUGCUCAACAAAUUUAAGAUUGAGAAUUCAGCGGAGGAGUUUGCUUUGUAUGUGGUCCAUACUAGUGGUGAGAAACAGAAGCUGAAGAACACGGAUUACCCGCUGAUUGCCCGAAUCCUCCAGGGCCCAUGUGAGCAGGUCUCCAAAGUGUUCCUUAUGGAGAAGGACCAGGUGGAGGAAGUCACUUAUGAUGUAGCCCAGUAUAUAAAGUUCGAGAUGCCUGUCCUUAAAAGCUUCAUUCAGAAGCUCCAAGAAGAAGAAGACCGGGAAGUGAAGAAGUUGAUGCGCAAGUACACCGUGCUCCGGCUGAUGAUUCGGCAGAGGCUGGAGGAGAUAGCUGAGACCCCAGCAACGAUCUGAGCCACAAGGAGGGGACCCAGACACCACAGGGGCUGCUGUUGACAUAAGAUGCACAGGAAGCUGGGUGCAUUCCUUCCAUGGAUAUGUUUAAAUGUAAAUUUCUCCAAGCCACCAUUGGCUGCCCCGAGCAGGAUGAAGAAGCCAGCAGGCAACUCCCCAACCUCAAGUCCCUGCACUCUUUUCUUUAUUCACAAAGACUUCUGAUUUUUGUUAUACAGAAGACCCAAAAUGUGUGUGUGUGUGAGAGUGUGUGCACAGAGCAUAUAACCACGUGCCUACCUGGUAUUUUCACAUGCAGUUAAAUUCCCAGCAAUCAGCACACGUGCCAUGAGGCUAGCAGAUGUGCUGCUCAUGGCCAGGAAAGUCAGGGCAGUCACCGAUCUGAGGAGCUUUAGGCUUAAGAAAAGAUUUAUCCCCUCAAGUUCCAAGGAGCAGCCACACAUAUCUGCCCCUCUUUAGAAGGGUAAGGUGUCUACAAGGAUGGGAGAAUGUGAGAGAUACUUGGGGAGUAGCAAAAUGAUAGCCAUGCUCUUGGGGCAGGUCCAGUGGAAAGAGAUCCAUCCUGGGGUAGAUGCAAUAAGCCCACAAGUUUUUACACUGGAAACUCUGAUUGUUUUAAAUAACAAAGAUAUAUGUGAGGGUCUGUGUGGGGUCUGCCUCCUUCCCCACUUCCAUGGCCACCUCAAGGGGACAGAAAGGGAAGCUGAUGUUUCAGCCCAGCAAGCUGCAGACCCCACCUCUUCGGUGCCUCCUUCAGUUGAAGGAAGGGUCUCAUGAAAUAUGUCUCACUGGUUUGUACCUGGCACUGACCGGCUAGCAUAGCUAGGGCUUGGCCUUGUUCUGAGAUGGAGGCUAGGGAGUUUCCCUCUGGGGAAAUGUAGAGGCUCCUUGCAGAAAUGGCAGGGGUCUGUGAUACCAGCCCAUUUUCACAUCCUCAAGGGGUCUUCCUGCACAUAGCUGAGGCUAUGUGUUUGGAGUCAAGGCUUUAUUUUUUCAGCCACUGGAUUAUUGCCCAUUGUCUUGGCCUCGUGCAUGGUGAUGGACUCCAAGAACUAGGUCUUGUUCUGCUACUGACUGAGCGUGGGGUUCCGGGAAGCCUUUGGGCUGCCCUGUGAAGGUGCACAGGGAGGAUGGAGCUUCUGUCUCAGCCACAUGGGCAAUCUUUAGAGCAGACCCCAGUGGGGAAAAAGGGCAGGGACAGUCUGUCCCCUGUGGCCCCUCUUGGGAAGACCGUGAGGUAGCUGGGCACCAGAGUGACUGAUGCAGUUUGCAGAGGGAGAGACGGAUGCUUGGAGCAGGAAGCCUGACUGUGGACAUGAACCAAGCCAGGCCAGGAGCUCCAAACAGGAGAUGUCUGAGCCUUGUUGGGGUAGGGACACCCCCAUCCCGCACCUCCUCCCCAAGGAAGAUUUGGAGCACUGAGCACUUGUGGAAAGGACAGCCACUAAUGUGUGCAGUGCCGUUAAGGAAGGCAGACCUCUGCAGAAGAACUGGGCCCACCCUGGGGCCCCUCCUGCCCCCUGCCCACCUGGUGGUUUCCACAGCUUCUUUAGAUGGCUCACAGCUGUGGUUUCAUUGUUGACUUUCAAAAAGAUGGCAGGCUGCCAGCUGGCAUCUUGCCCGGGGUCUCCUAGCAAGCCGGCCUCUGCGGGGACAGUGCUGCCAGCCCCCACAUGGACUGGAAAUCCAGAGGGCCUUUUUUUCAACCAUGCACCUCGGCAGGCUUCUGCAAAAUGAACAGAGAAAACUGGGGGUUGGGGGAGAGGUUAUCUUUGUUACGGAUUGGAAAGAGCAGUUCUUUGAAUGCAAACUUGCUUCCUGAGUUUUGCAUUUGAGAAAAUGACUUGGGAAACUUCUCUUCCAGUUAUAUUUAUUUUGAAUGUUCAAAGCCUUUGUUGGCUCUAAUAAUUCUCCUUGGGGGUCCACAAAGCAAGUUAUUAACCACUGUUAUUGGACAGCUUUUUCUGUUUUUUCAAAUUUCUCUUUAAUUUGCACUACCACUCUGAUAGUGUUAAAUAUGGAAAUGUUGUAAAAGAUCAGGUUUGCCAGAUCACUUCCUAAGAAAGUGAUGCUAAGGUAGACUUGGCUUUUUAGAGAUGGGGUGUUGGUGUGGAAGUGAGGGGAAAAUCCCAUCUUACAAAUACUUAAUGCAGGCCACACUUUUCCACUUUGGCUCACCCCAGUUAGAGAUCAUUUCUCACAUCCUAAUAACAAUCAGGAAUUUUGGAAAGGUUCUUUGAGACGGCAGUGGCUGAAACAGAGACACUGCCAAGGUGUGGAGCUGGAUUUUCUCACUGGUAUCACAUGGCCUUGCAGCUUCGAACCCCUCCACCGAUUUGCGUGGGUUUAUGUAACUGUGUGCAAUGAACCUGAAAUCGUGUGAGGAACAAAAGGCCAAUUUAUAGGUUUUUCCUGACUUGUGAAAAGCAAUAGAGCCACAUCUGGCUUUCUUGUUCCAGGGGCUUAUGUUACAAGGGGAUCAAAUGAAGGAAAAGCUGGAGUCCGUUUGGCUGGGAGGGGCGCCUGUUCUCCCAGGUGACGGUGGAAUGAAGCACAAGGGCACAUGCUUGGCUAUCACCCGAGUAGGAAGGUGAUAGUUAAGUAGGGGAGGGGGUCCACUGGGGUGGGGCUGAAAAGCACAAGCAACCCGCAGACCUGUGUGGGCUCUCCUGUGUCUGCUGGUGAGGAGUGUGCACACUGGUCUCUGGGCCGCGUGGACUUUGGAGGUUGAUGGGAGAGGAUCUCGGAUUAGCCUCCCACCCACAUGAAAAAUGCUGAGGCCUGAAGUUGAGGUUUUGGCCUGAGAUUUCAAGGAGAAAUAUUUUCACCCUUCCCUCCUCUCUACCAAAAAGAAAACAAUAGUUUCUCUUUGAGAUCUCCAAAUAAAGACAUUUUAUCAUCAGUAUAGAUAGGACUUUGGCAUAUAAUGACAAAAAGAAAAAAAAAUCUGUUCUCAGAUGCAAAAAUGGCUUGGCAAGAAUCCUCUUGUGGAGCUGAGUGGUUAUUUCAGAGAGGAGAGUUAGAAAGAAAAGGGCAAGAAGCCUUUAAGGGAAUUUCUCCUUAUAGAAAAAAAAGUGAUUUAAAAGCUCCGUAGCAUGGAGAACAUGGUGCCAUAUCUCCAAGAGAGAAAUUUCUAUAUAACAAGUGAAUUGCAGUGUCUCCAUGACCAAACCAUGAUGUGGGGGCUCCUGAAAUCUCCCCAGGCUUCCUUAAUGCAGGAGCACACAUUUUGGAGUCUUGCUUGAGUCAGAUGAAAUGAGAAAUGAUUUUCUAGAGAGGCAGAAAUAGAAACGGAUGUGGCACCCCUUCUUUAGAUAGAAUUAAAAGUGUUUUUACCCUGUCACGGGGGGUUACAGCAUCCUUGUGUUUUCACCAAGCACAAGACACAAACUGAAGGGAAAGCAUCGGUUUACCCUUUGAGCCUUCCCGGCAGAUUGCAGGCCUGGUUCCCAGGUGGAUGGUUUCUGGUGUGUUACUACUAGUAUUUCUUAAGGGUUUCCCCACUUGUUUUAGCUUUGUGAAGUACUCUUUUCCUAAUCAUGACUUGCCUUUCCGCAAUGGUACAUGACUUGGUUCAAUGUUUGGUUCUAAAGUUAGAAACGGAUCCAUCCUAAUUUGACAAGGCCUCAGUAGGGAGCCAUACAUUUCUGUAACAUUUUGAUGUUUUAAUGCACCUGACUUAGAUCUUGUUGAAAUAAAGCACUUUUCAAACCCC